UGUUUUUGUUUUUUUCUUUGGUUCAGAAGUAUUUUUGAAUGAUUUUUCUUCUGACAAAAUGAAACAAUUGAUAUCAAUACCGAUUUUGGUGAUUUGGAUUUUUACGGUGAUCAUUAUUGCUGGUUGUGAUGCACAAGGUAUUAAAUCAAUCAGUGAUAAUCAAAAUAAUGAUGGACCAUCAUCGCCAGUUUUUUUUCAUCGACAACGCGCAAUGGCUUCAUUUCGAGUAUCAGAUCAACCAACAUCCGAUCAUCAACCUGAAUUUGGUUAUCGUCUUCGCAUGCCUAGCCAGCCGAAUCCAAAAACAUAUAUGGAUUACAAUGUACAAAACAACAACAAUAAAAAUAAUGAUUUGAUGAUUGUUCGUCCACGUCCGAUUAUUAUCAAUAAAGGUGAAACAUUGGAAUCAUCAUCAUCAACAGAUCGAAUUCGACCAUUAGAAUAUUCGACACAUCAUAAUGAUUAUCAACAACAGCAACGAGAAGAUUCUGAUGAUUCUCAACAAUCCACGUUUACAGGAUCAAAUGAUAAUAAUUUUUAUGGCCUACCACAACCAUCAUCUUCGUUUACUGGUAAUGUAUCACAAACACAUGGUUCAGAAUUAAAUUCUUCACCAAUUCCGGCUCCGGUACCUGAAAUCGCUUACUAUGAUAUAAAUGAUACACAACCAAACCAGCAAAAUCAACCCGAAUCAUCGAGUCGUAGUUUUAAUGGUGAACAUCCAGAUCAACGACAAAUCGAAUGGAUUCGAUAUAUUCAACGAUUUCAACCAAUUCCUAAUCCAAUUUUCAAUCCAGUUUCACAACAACAAAUUAUUCCAGCCACAGAGAUUCCUGUUGGAACACCGGUAAUAUUUCAUCGUAAUGGAUAUCGACCAGUGCCAGAAGCUGGUCGCCCACCAAUUCAAAAUUAUUUUGUACAGAUUCCUAGACCAGGUGGUCCAUUACAAUCACAACAUAUUCCAACAACUAAUCGAUUUCAACAGGUUGAAAUUCCACAACAAAGAUAUGAAAUUGUUAAUUCGAAUGAACAACAACGUUUCAUACUUCCAAAACAACAGAAUGCAGGUCAAUCAUUUAUUCGUGAAAUUCGACCAAUGCCAACAACAUAUCUUACCGAUCAGAUACGUUAUUUACCACCAAUACCACAACGUAUGAAUUAUUUAAUAAUGAUACCUUUAUUGAAAAUUGUAAGUCCAGUAAUUCGUAUUGGUUCAACAGGCAAUACCCAGCGACCAACAAUGAAUGUUGAUUAUAAUUCUAUCAGCGAAUCAGCGAAUAACAAAACUGUUGGAGAUAAUUAUCAAGUAACACAAGAACAGCCAAUUAUUACACAAACACGAAUUCAUACGCCAGUAUUCGUAACCGAUUAUAAACCGCCAAAAGAAUUCAAAUAUACGAUUACACGUAAUGAUCAAUCAAUGGUUGAACAAAAACAAUCAGAUGACAAACAAACAAUGAUAGCUGUACCUAUUGCUCAACAACGUAUCGAUAGUGGUAAUAAUGUUGGAGAAGAUCGAUUCUAUCAGAUACCAUUAGCACAACCAAUUCGUCAUUUUCAUGUACCACCAUAUAUGCAUCCAUUUCCCAUUGAUCAUUUGAUGCGAUCACCAUUGUAUUAUUCAAAUGAUAUUCAAUCAUCUGAUUAUGAACGUAUACGUCCCGGUCAAACACAUACACUUCCUGUUGUUAGAAAUCAAUCUGGUGGUCAAGGUGGUGGACCUGUUACCGUUACGAUUGAGCCAAUUCCAGAAGCAUCGCCAUCUACUGGUUCCCAACCGAGUCAUCCAAUACCAGUUUCGCAAUCAAAACCAAUCAAUUUGGUUAUUAAUCAUAAAAAUAAAAAUUUAGGCCAGCCAUUACGGCAAGCUGUUUUUGAACCAAUCGAUAAUGUUGCUUAUCCAUCAGAUUUUCCGGAAUCCGAUUUGUAUGGACAACCACAACAACAACAGCAACCUAUUUUACAAGUUGGACAACCACUUCGACAAUCAAGCACUUAUGAACCACCGAAAGAAUAUCGGAAUCAAAUCGGACAACCAUUACGUCAACCGGGAGAAACAUAUCAAAAACAACACCAGGCUGGACAGCAACUAAGAGAAACAGAUAAUUAUCAACCAAUUUAUGGACCACCAAAUAAUCAAAAUUUUCGACGAUUAGAAUUAUCCGAAAAUAUUGCCAAUGUAGAUGAAAGUUCGGAAUUAGAACCCGGUCAUCCGGAUUAUAUAACUGGUCGUGGACAUCAAUUGAAUUAUAAUCCACAACAAUUUCAAUAUUCAUCCACUGCUAAUCGAUGGCCUGUACAACAACGAAUAGAUAAUAAUAACGAAUAUUAUCAACAACAAUCGAAUGAUGGCAUUUAUCAUCAUCAAACAUCAUCGUAAAAAAUAAACAAUCUUCAUUAUGACAUUGACAAUCGAAACAAAUUGAUCAAUCGAUCGAUCGAUCAAUAUUUUUCCAAUCA